GGACAGGAUGGCACCAGCCUGCCUGCUUCGUGGGACUUAAGGAAGGGGGAACGGCCCAACCUCUUGAAGGGUUAAUGGUCCCGUUCCCCGCUGACAGGACACCGAGCUCACCCCUAACAGAGCCAGAAGAAUGAAGAGUGUAUAAGAUGGAGUAUAAGAGGAAACUCGAUAAUGAAUUACAGAUGAAGCGAUGCCUAGACCAGGUCACUAAUGAGUCACUGGACAUCACCCGCCGUAUGGUGCAGUUGGUGGAAGAGAGUAAAGAUGCCGGAAUAAGGACUCUGGUCAUGCUGGAUGAACAGGGAGAACAACUGGAGCGUAUUGACAAGGGUUUGAACCAGAUAAAUCAGGAUAUGAGAGAAGCAGAGAAGAACCUAACUGAUAUGGGGAAAUGCUGUGGACUGUGUUCCUGUGACAGACUGGUCAACAGUUCAACCUACAGAGUGUCCUGGGGCAAAUCUAAUGAUGACGUUGUCUCUGCUCAGCCUUCUCAUGUUGCUGAUGAGAGAGAGCGAAUGAGGAUGAGUGGAAGUUACAUAAGAAGGGUGACCAAGGAUUCUCGUGAGGAUGAAAUGGAGGAAAAUUUAAAUCAAGUUGGGAGCAUUCUGGGCAAUCUCCGCAGCAUGGCUCUGGAUGUCGGGAAUGAAAUCGAUAUCCAGAAUAAACAAGUGGAGAAAAUCAUGGAGAAGGUUGUUGUGAAUGAAGAUCGAAUACAAGAUGCUAACACUAAAGCCAAGAAGAUUCUUAAGAGUGUCUAAGACCUUCCCCUUAAAGAAAGCUUGCCCUCUAUAUUCUGCAAUCACCCUGUGAUAUCCUGUAUCCAUGCAGCUCUUCCUGUAUGAAUAUCUUGAGGAAGAAAGGAUGAAAUGCUGUUAUCACGUUAUUCAUCAUCUCCAGUUGUGCACAAACAAAUGAAUCUUGUUCAGUUUCGCAUUACGCACCAACCCAGCAGUGUCAGCUGUAGGGAAACCCACAACUCUUCUGUGCCAAACUAACAAACCCUUUAGCUGUGUACUAAACGACGCUGCCAUUGUCUUCCCAGCUCCAGUAACAGGUGACGUAUUUGGUAAAUGAAUGCCAGCUGUGGGCACGCUUACUUCUUUCCAGCAUUAGGUUUGCAAGUUUUUAAUAAAAAUCAAGCCAAUCCUAUUGUACUCAAUGCACAGUGGGCCUAAUUCGGAUCCCGUCGGAUCUGUGGUAUAUAACGCAAAUUCACCGGAACUGUACUGUGUCGUUGGAUGCACUACGGCUGCAGACGUCAAGAGACUGACCGUGAGCUCCUGUUUGGUGGAGUGCUGAGGUCAGGAUCUCCGUCAGAAUAUUGAGAUUUCCUGACCACUUUGUAUGAGCUGCGGCAGCUGGCUAGAGUGACCCCAUUGGAAAUGCAGCUGGCCAAUGGUGUCGCAGGUGAUCCGAUGCUGUGCCCUAGGAUGCAGUAUGGAUCACUAAUGCAUGCAGGUGGCAUCUACUUAUACCAGACGCCUCCUGCUGCAUUCCCAUAUUAGUGCAUCACUGCUGCCACCUAAAUACACAUCUAAGUUAGGCCCAGUGCACCCACUUAAUAAUGCCAUCCUCCAUUACCCAAGGUAUAUCCUCUGCCCUAAAUGCCCUAGAUUCUAAUAUUUCUCACCCUCAUUAUAAUGCCCCUUCACUAUACAGGUUGAGUAUCCCAUAUCCAAAUAUCCGAUAUACAGAAUAUUCCGAAAUACGGACUGUUUUGAGCGAGAGUGAUAUAGUGAAACUUUUGUUUUCUGAUGGCUCAAUGUACACAAACUUUGUUUAAUACACACAGUUAUUAAAAAUAUUGUAUUAAAUGACCUUCAGGCUGUGUUUAUAAGGUGUAUAUGAAACAUAAAUGAAUUGUGUGAAUGUAGACACACUUUGUUUAAUGCCCAAAGUUAUAAAAAAUUUUGGCUAAAAUUAUCUUCCGACUGUGUGUAAAAAGGUGGGUCUGGGACUCAGGGUCGACAGCA